GUCUUCCCUGCAGUGUGGGGAGGGUUGGACCAGCGGACCUGCGCUCCUGGCUACCAGAACCACUGCCCCCUUUUAUCACAGAUUUACACGAUUAUCACCACCCGACUCAUUUUAAAGGAGCAGCGAGUUGCCUUUAAAGCGGUGCCUGCCCAUACAGACAAGUAUGUAUCCAGCUGGAGGGAUCUGUGCAAGCAUAUACGCCAACAGGCUGCGGGCAGAAGGCAUGGGUUCCAACGACCAGGCUGUGCACUUCUCCAACCAGGACUAUGAGGCACUGAAGCAGGAGUGUGUGGAGUCGGGCUGCCUGUUUGAAGACCCCUGUUUCCCUGCAGAGCCUCCAUCCCUGGGCUUCAAGGAGCUCGCCCCUUAUUCCGCCAAAACGAAAGAUGUGGAGUGGAUGAGGCCCACGGAACUGACAGAUGACCCUCAGUUCAUUGUGGGUGGUGCCACCAGAACAGACAUCUGUCAGGGCGCGCUGGGUGACUGCUGGCUCUUAGCAGCCAUUGCCUCUCUCACUCUGAAUGAGCGGCUUCUUCAUCGGGUUGUUCCACAUGGGCAGUCCUUCCAAGACGACUAUGCUGGGAUUUUCCACUUCCAGUUCUGGCAGUUUGGCGAAUGGGUAGACGUUGUGAUAGAUGACAGGCUGCCUGUCAAAGACGGGGAGCUGAUGUUUGUCCACUCUGCUGAGGGCAAUGAAUUCUGGAGUGCACUCCUGGAGAAGGCUUAUGCUAAGCUGAACGGUUCCUAUGAGGCUCUGUCAGGAGGAAGCACCACAGAAGGGUUUGAGGACUUCACUGGUGGCGUUUCUGAGAUGUACGAACUCCGUAGCGCUCCCAGAGAUCUGCACAGAAUAAUCGGCAAAGCUUUGGAGAGAGGCUCUCUGAUGGGCUGCUCUAUUGAUAUCACAAGUGCCUUCGACAUGGAGGCUGUUACAUUCAGGAAGCUUGUGAAGGGCCACGCCUACUCGGUCACUGGAUUGAAGGAGGUUGAUUACCGGGGCAACAUGGAGCGCUUGAUCCGAAUACGUAACCCCUGGGGCCAGGUGGAGUGGACUGGUGCCUGGAGUGACAAUUCCUCUGAAUGGGAUGAGAUUGACCCUUCUGAACGAGAAGACCUGCAUCUUAAGAUGGAAGAUGGGGAGUUUUGGAUAUCCUUCAGUGAAUUCAAGAGGCAGUUCUCUCGGCUAGAGAUCUGUAACUUGUCUCCAGACGCUCUGAGUGAGGAUAGUCUCAGCCACUGGAACACCAUGAAGUUCUACGGCACGUGGAGAAGAGGCAGCACCGCUGGAGGCUGCAGGAACAAUCCCAACACGUUUUGGAUCAACCCUCAGUAUAAGAUCACAUUGCUGGAAGAGGAUGAUGACCCAGAGGACGAUGAGGUGGCGUGCAGUUUUUUAGUUGCUCUCAUGCAGAAGGACCGCCGCAGAUAUCGACGCCAUGGUCAGGACAUGCACACCAUUGGCUUUGCUGUCUAUGAGAUUCCAGACGAGUACAGAGGCUGCCAGAAUGUCCAUUUGAAGAAAGAUUUCUUUUUGAGACAUUCAUCGUGCGCUCGCUCGGAGACCUUCAUUAACCUGCGAGAGGUGAGCACGCGGCUUCGACUGCCCCCUGGAGAGUAUAUCAUCGUCCCCUCCACCUUUGAGCCCAGCAAAGAAGCUGACUUUGUCCUCAGAGUCUUCACUGAGAAGCAAUCAGAAACUGAAGAACUGGAUGAUGAGAUCUCUGCCGAUUUAGGCGAGGACGAGGAAGUAACUGAAGACGACAUUGAUGACUCUUUCAAGUCCAUGUUCGCUCAGCUAGCAGGAGAGGACAUGGAGAUUUCUAUUCGCGAGCUCAGGACCAUCCUAAACAGAGUCGUCACCCGGCACAAAGAUCUGAAGACUGAUGGCUUCAGUGUGGAAUCAUGUAGGACCAUGGUCAACCUGAUGGAUAAAGAUGGUAGUGCCCGUUUAGGGCUGGUGGAGUUUCAGCUCCUAUGGAACAAAAUCCGAAAUUGGCUGGUCAUUUUUAGACAAUUUGACCUCGACAAGUCAGGGGCCAUGAGCUCAUAUGAGAUGCGUCUUGCUGUGGAGGCAGCAGGCUUUAAACUGAAUAACAAACUGAACCAGAUUCUGGUAGCCCGGUAUGCAGAGAAUGAGAUGAUUGACUUUGACAACUUCAUCUGCUGCUUGGUCAAGCUUGAAGCCAUGUUUAGGUAUUUCCGGCAGUUCGACAAGGAUGGGUCCGGAGAGGCUGAGAUGAAUAUCUCAGAGUGGCUUUACCUGACAAUGUGUGGUUGAAGAGGACCGUCUUCACUGGAGGUUGGUACAGGGCCUGCAGACUGCCAUGAAACCUCAAGCUCUGAAGACACCUCAGCCUUAGUUGACCUGUUGAUCCUGUAACACAUCCCACCUCAACAUACCUUGAGUAGCAAAUGAGCUGCAUAAUGAAAAAACCAAAGUCCAGCCAAGCCAAGUGUCUCCCCGCUGAAUUUGCUGUGCAACUAUGCAAACAUAAAGUAUGAAGCAGUCACUGUGCCACAUAAAUGUGUCAUCUCUGUACAAACAGCAUGAGUCUGUGCAUGACAAAAAUCACUAGCUGUAAAGUGUAUUGUAUGUUGAUUUUAUAUUACAUGUUAGUUUUGCUGUCUGUAUGAAUGUCACCUGAUUUACAGACAAUAAUUUCACUGUUCUUAGUUUGAAAUCUCACUAAAAGCUGGAUCGCUAAGGAACAAAAAACGUAGAAGCAAUCUGUUACUGUAUUGCUUUAAAAGAUGAAGUCUCUCUUAUUAUGCACUCAUGUUUAAAUUUUUGUCCAGAUUUUAGAAGGUUUUUUAACAGAAAAUGAUCGCCUCACUGUUGAGUUGGUAGUUCAUUCACCUGUAGAUGGCAGCACAGACCUGAUCUAAUGUUCACUAAAGUAUUUUUUAUUGACAUUUAAUAUUGAAGUUUAGCCUGUUUAUAUAUCGCACCAAUCAUUUUCUUUAGUUGAAGUCAGCUGGCUAACCUUUGUUUUACUUGAUUUGUUUUUAUUUUGCACUGAGACAUUUAGUUUAGGAAGCUGGUAGUGAAAAAUACUGUACAUCAGUCCACUCAAGUGAAAUAUCCAGGGAUCACAUGAUACUGAAUGCCUUAUACGCGACACCAUGAUGUUAAACGGCUAUUAAAAAUGUGCUAGUCAUGUGUUUUGUGUUGUGAAUGUAUGUUGUGCCUUCAAUAAAUAUUUCCCCUCAUG